CAUUUUCGACCUUUCAUACCGGAAGAGCUAGGCGCGUCUUUAUACUCGAGUAUACCGCCGAACGCUCCACCACAACGACACACGAUCUAUACACAUCAUGGCGACGACGGCCGAAUUCACUCCCCUCCUGGGCAAGAAGCCCGAUCGACCUGCUCGCAGCGUCACUUUCAAUCCGACCAUUGCAACGAGCAGCCCUCCCACCCGUAGACCCAUGUUCCCUUCGGCAUCCGCACAUUCCACAGGCUCAGUCGCUACCUUGAACACUCCGCCGAGGGAUGGCAGCCAGCCCAUGCUCUCGGCUCUGAACAGCAAACUCCGCAGAAGAAAUAGUCAAGGCGCGCCAUUGUCAAUAGUGCCCAGCAUUCUCCCCAAAAUCGGCCCCCAACGCACAACAAGAACAGCACAGAAGCUGAAACUCCUACCGAAUCCGGAACAUGGCGACGAAGGUCCGGAUGAAGAGAGUGGUCGCGAUGUCUACUCGCAAUUCACCAGGAUAAAGGAUCCCACUGCCCGUCGCGAUGCCGCAAGGCUGGGCAAGGAUGAUAGAGACAAGCUGCCUCGUGUCACGGCAUACUGUACCGCCAGCUCAUAUCGCAUGGAAGAUCUAUUGCGCUUCCUCAAAGGACGCAAACUUAAGAAGGCCGCUCCAAAACAAUUCGACGAAUGCAUAUACACCCCAUACCAAUACAACGCCAAAUCCGAUCCGCAAAUAGACGAUGCCAAAGCCGUACAUUCUACUGCUCAACGUAGAUUCUCCGACAGUGCGAUCGAGGUAGAAGGCAAUGCUGAGAGGAGACGGGAAGAUUUGUUGGACCUGCAAGCUCAGAAUGGAGAAUCGGCCAUCAUGGAUAACCACGAGGCAACCACUUCGAGUGAGGCCCUCAUCAUGCCCCACAACGAUACACCAGACUUCGAUACGACGGUACACGUUCCCGAGGUCUUCUGCUUCGAAUACGGAGUCGUUGUGAUAUGGGGCAUGUCGGUCCAGCACGAGCAAAAGUUCUUGAAAGAGCUCGCCAAGUUUGAGACUGAGAAGUUAUCAAAGGACGACAUCCAACAAGAAAACUUCAACUUCUACUACACCAAGGAAUACCAGGCUCGAAUCUACAAUGACUUUAUCAGUCUGAGAGAGAAGAAGAACUACAUGACAAAGCUGGCCAUCAGUCACGCUUUGGCACAGAGCACAAAGACUUCACUAUACGAGGACUUGGUGGACAACACUAUCGAUGUCAACAAGGAGAUCCCGGCGCAGAUCGCAUUAACAGGCAAAGUCAACAUGUCGCGCAAAGAGAUCAACAUGCAGAUCGGAGAACUGUUCAUUUUACGAAUCAACAUCCAUCUUCAGGGAUCAGUGCUGGAUGCGCCGGAACUCAUGUGGGCGGAACCGCAACUUGACCCAGUCUACCAGGCAGUCAGAAGUUAUCUGGAGAUGGAUCAGAGAGUUAGUCUAUUGACAGAGCGAUUGGAUGUCAUUGCGGAUUUGUUGGCCGUGUUGAAGGACCAGUUGACACAUUCACAUGGCGAAUACUUGGAGUGGAUCGUGAUUGUGUUGAUUGCAGCCGAGAUCAUCGUUGCCAUCAUCAACAUCGUGGUCGAUCUGUAUGCAGGCGUGGAUUGAGGCAGUAAUGGAAUGAAUCACAGAGGUGGGGUAGAGCGGGUAAAGAAGACAAUGUCUCGUUGCAGGACAAUAUAGGCAUGAGCAGCUUGCAGGAAUGAUUUCGAGGAAGAGGGGUAGUUAUGCUACUCGGGAAAGUCGCUUUGCUCGUACUCGUAUCGGUCUUCUCCGCCAUAUACAUUUGCCAUGGCAUACAAUGUCGAGAUGUAGCGGAGGG